AGCGGACCAGACUGACACGUAGGAGAGAGGAGAGUCAGACUCUUCUCAGCAGAAGAUCAUCCAGAGUGAUUUUACUGAUCUAGGUGGUAAAGGUGGUGAUGGGGGCUCCGGCAGUCUGUGUGGUCUUCCUCAGUGGAGUGGUCGUCUCUGUUCUCGGAGAUCAACACUCUCUGUACUACAUUUACUCCGCCCUCAACAAAGAUGUCGCUCUACCAGGGAUCUAUGAGUUCACAGCACUGGGUCUGCUCGAUGACCGGGAGAUCGACUACUACAACAGUAAGGACCAGGUUAAGGUUCCUAAGCAGGACUGGAUGAAGGAGAAGAUGCAGCCAGAUUACUGGGACAAAGGCACCCAGUCUCGCAAGAGCAAAGAGCAGUGGUUCAAGGUCAACGUGGACAUCCUGAUGCAGCGAAUGAGACACAAUCAGACCGACCUUCACGUUCUUCAGUGGAGACAUGGCUGUGAGAUCGAUGAAGCAGAUGGAAAUGUCAGAUUUCUGAAAGGCAUUGAUGAGUACAGCUACGAUGGAAAGGAGUUCCUCUCUUUUGAUGAUGAGAACAUGCGGUGGAUCGCUCCAGUUCCAGAAGCUGAGCCAACCAAAAGGAAAUGGGAUGAUGUGCCCAUCCUGAACCAGUACACCAAGGGUUACCUGGAGAAAGAAUGUGUGGACUGGCUCACCAAAUUCAUGGAGUACGGAAAAGAAGCACUGAGAAAACACUCCAAACCAGAUGUUCAUGCAUUUGCAAAGAAAUCUACAACUGACUCGACCAAGCUGACCCUGACCUGCCUGGCCACGGGCUUCUACCCCAAAGACGUGAAGAUGAGUGUGAGGAAGUUCCGCACUUCACUGCCUGAACAUCUAGUAACAUCUUCAGGAGUCAGACCCAAUGGUGAUGGAACCUACCAGCUGAGGAAGAGUGUGAAGAUCCAGAAGGACGAUACAGCAGAUUAUGACUGUUAUGUGACUCACGUCACCCUCGAAGAACCGAUAGUUAAACAAUGGGACAAACUGUGCUUUGACUGCGAGAGUUCAGGUUCAGGAAUGGUUGGAGCAGUGAUUUGUGGAGUGGUGGUGCUUCUGCUGAUUUUGAGUGGGAUCAUCUUCGCCCUUAUAAAGAAGGGGAUAAUUAGGAACUCCAGGAGGUGAUUUACACUGGAACUGAACUCCAGAUUAUCCAGGAUUAUAACCCUGACUUUCUUACAGCACAGAAUCUUUUCCAUUCUUUUAUGAAGUCAGUACUUUUACAUCACUGUUACGUUAAAGCUGCACUAUGUAAGAUUUGGG